CAAUUUCAAAAAAAGAAGCAAGCGGACUGCUCCCAUGACAAAGAAACCACAACUAAAUAGGAAACCAAACUAUCUAUUAAGUCAGCAACAUGAGAACUAAUCCAAAACUCAACCAAUGAGAUAUGGCUUCUCUUCUCCUAGUGAUCACCACCAUUCUAUUCUCCUCUCUCCUCAUCACCAUCUUCUUCUCCAUUGCUAGCAAGAAGAAGAAUAAUAACAAAGCUAAUCACCAUCAUCCAUUACCACCCGGCCCAAAAGGAUGGCCAAUGCUCGGCAACCUACUUCAGCUCGGCUCAAAGCCACACGAAGCACUGACGGCCCUCUCCAAAACCUAUGGCCCUCUUUUCAAGCUCCAGUUCGGCUCCGUCACCGUAGUCGUGGCCAGCUCCGUCGAAGUCGCCUCACAGUUCCUCAAAACUCUCGACGCCAACUUCUCCAACCGGCCACCAAACUGCAUGGCCGAAUACGUGGCCUAUAACUACCAAAGCAUGGCUUUCACCCACUACGGUCCUCGCUGGCGCAUGCUCCGCCGCUUGUGCACAACCCAUCUCUUCUCCACUAAAGCUCUCGACGACCUGCGCUACGUCCGAGAGGAGGAGGUGGCACUGCUGGCUCGCAAGUUCGUGCAAGCCAAGGACACUAGUACUAGCAUCGGUGUGGAAGUAGGAAAAGAAGUGGAUGCUUGCGCUGCCAACGCCCUCACAAGAGCCCUGUUCAAGAGACGAGUGUUUGAAGAGGAGAACGGACCGGAUGGUGGAGAGUUUAGGAAUGUAUUAGAAGAGGUCUUAAAGCUGGGCAGCGCUUUCAACAUUGAGGAUUUCCUCCCUUGGAUCAAGGCUCUGGAUCUACGUGGGCUUUUGUCUAAACUGAGGAGGCUUCAUCGUUGGUACGAUGACACCUUAACCAAAAUCAUGCAGGAGCACAAGAUGACUGAUGUAAGUCAAGGUCAUGAAGACAAAGGUAAUAAAGAUAAAGAUUUUCUUAGUGUGCUGUUAGCACUCAAGGAGGAUGGUAACUUGGAUGAAGAAACUAAAACUAAGCUCACUGAUACCGACAUCAAGGCCUUGCUCACGGACUUGUUCACUGGAGGGACUGACACGACUUCGAGCACGGUGGAGUGGGCGCUGGUGGAGCUUAUCCGGCACCCAGACAUGCUGGCCGCCGCACAGAAAGAGUUAGAUUCUAUUGUUGGCCGGUCUAGGCUCGUGUCGGAGUUCGACUUGAAUAACGUCCCGGUCUUGCAAGCCAUCAUCAAGGAGACGUUCCGGCUCCACCCACCAGUUCCUCUCUUGAUCCCUCACACCGCCGCCGAGCCAUGCGAAGUGGCUGGCUAUCACGUCCCUAAAGGUGCCUCUCUUUUGGUUAACGUGUGGGCUAUAUGCAGGGACCCAAAGGUCUGGUCUCGGCCACUGGAGUUUGACCCGAGCCGGUUCCUCUCCGGAGGAAAGUAUGCUGACGUGGACUUGAAAGGGAGCCACUUUGAGCUGAUUCCGUUCGGCUCCGGCCGCCGGAUUUGCGUGGGAAUGAGGCUGGGUUUGAGGAUGCUGACGUUACUGCUGGCCAGCUUAGUGCAUGGAUUUGAUUGGGCCUUGCCUGAUGGGCUUACUCCUGAGGCUUUGAGUAUGGACGUGGAGUUUGGGCUUACUUUGGAAAGGAGUGUUCCUUUAGUGGCCCGGCCCAUUCCAAGGUUGGCCCAUGAUGCCUAUGUGGCCUAGUUAUUUGGUUUCAUGAUUUGCUUGAGAUGCUUGAAUAAACUAAUAAAUUAAUGCAAGAGUUGAACACCUUGAGGUUAUGUAAGAUUUCAGUAAGUAAAUUAAUAAGUCAAAUAAUGAAUCUUGUAAUCAAGGUCCUUGGAAUAUUUUAUAUUAUGAUAUGAAGUGAUAAGAGGUCUAAAAGAUUGA